AUGAGCUGCCAAUGGCUUGGUUUCCUGGGCCUGGCUUUGCUAGGAGCCCUUGCCGUCCAGCUGGGAUCGCUGGUCCUCACACAACUUGCGGUAAUUCUUGCAGAACAGCAACUUGAGCUCUUACGUGCAAUGCUGCGAUGUCAGCUUUCUGCAUUGCUUGCCACGCUGAUGCUGACAUUAAUAAUGGCAGUUGUGACCCUCACGGUGUUGGCAGCCCUGCAGCUCUACCGUGCUAAUAUCUGCAGAGAUGCCGGACAAACUUGUGCUUCUCGCGGCGUCCAGCCUCGUGACGUGGCGGAACAAGAUGAGCAGGGCAGUUCACAUGCGCAUCCGCCAGCCGAUCCAGAGAGUGGCAGCCGAUCAUCGCGCCAGGAGGCGCCACCCCGCCUCGAGCUGGUCCCAGCUCCCCGGCAUAAAGAGGCCGGAAAGCUGCCCGAUCAGCCAGAAGAACUUGAUGAAGGCCGCAAAGGAUUGGAGGAACAUGCUGUCGAGACGAGGCAAGGGGAUGAGCAAGGAUGCAAUGGUCUUCCGCUGAAGUGCCCGAACCACGCAGACCCAGCACGGAGCAGUGAUUCAAGCUCGCCUGCGCGUCCGCCAGCCGAUCCAGAGAGUGGCAGCCGAUCAUCGCGCCAGCAGGCGCCACCCCGCCUCGAGCUGGUCCCAGCUCCCCGGCAUAAAGAGGCCGGAAAGCGGCUGGAUCAGCCAGAAGAACUUGAUGAAGGCCGCGAAGGAUUGGAGGAACACGCUGUCGAGACGAGGCAAGGCGAUGAGCAAGGAUGCAAAGGUCUUCUGCUGGAGUGCCUGAACCACGCAGACCCGGCACGGAGCAGUGAUUCAAGCUCGCCUGUGCAUCCGUCAGCCGAUGCAGAGAGUGGCAGCCGAUCAUCGCGCCAGCGUGCGCCAUCCUGUCUUGAGCUGGUCCGAGUUCCCUGGCAUAAAGAGGCUGAGGAAAGCCCUGUUGGGAGUGAUGAAGGUCCAUUCCGCCACAAGCGGCAGGCCAAGAAGCCAAGGAAGCCGUGCAAAGGCAGAACUGUGUGCUGGAAGCCAUUGCAUGAGCUGCCUGCAGAAGAGGAGUGCCAAAUUUGUGGCGCAAAGGGCUCGCAGCUCCUUCAGGGAAAGCCAGACAAGCCAAAGAACAUGUACUUCCUGGAAGAGGCGGAUGCUGCGGAACUGCAGGGCCAAUGGCCGUUUCGCUGCUGGUGCUGGAAGUGCGAGGUUGCCAGAACCGCCAUUGGCGAUGGGUCGGAGGACCACACGGAAAACGAGGAGUUGGCGCUCCGAUGCGGCAGAUGCCAGAUGGAUGGGUCCUUGGGUCUAUCGAAGCGCGUGUAUGACCACUUCAGACGGGCGAUUGGUGAUGCCCCCGUUCAUUGUAAGAAGGCGCUUGUGGGCAAAUGUCCCAGCAUUGGUCAGUGUCUCUACAUGCAUCCCAAGGAGCCCUUGCCGUACGCAGUGGAUGAUCGGGUGAGCCGCGCCUUCCUGCUUUGCCGCCUGGCAAGUGUGGGCAAUGAAAAGGACAAGGAGUUCGUCGCUCGCUGGCUCAGAAACGACCAAAGCCAGGUUGCUUUCGUGCAAGGCUUCCGGCCCUUUUCGUCAGCCGAGGCGCUUUUGCAAGUUCCGGUGCCAGACGCGGCCAUGCGGAGCAUGCUUGGGCAGCUUCAGGUCCCCGAGCGGCUGCUGAAGGUGUUGGAGGUCUUGGAGCAGUUUCAGCGCCCCUAUGACCGAGGGGCCAUGUUCUGCGAAGUCAUCAGAUGUGAUUGGAAGGUGCAGUUGGCCAAGCUGAUUGGAUGCUUGGCACGCGGCGCACAGGAACAUCCACUGUGUCUGGACCUGGCACGCCUUGGCUCAAGUGAACUCUUCGCGCUGGCCGAAGGCUUGCAGCUGUGCCCAAAUCUCCGGAAGUUGUCACUGGACUUCUGCCACAGUUGGAUCAUUGGAAUCCGCGUCGGAGAUGAUGGUGCCUCCCGUCUGGCCGAAGGCUUGCAGCAGUGCCCCAAUCUCCGGGAGGUGUCACUGAACCUCGAGGACACCGAAAUUGGCAGUGGGCUGAGGGCGAUGUUCGCAGGGAAGCGGCGCUUGGGUGACCGUGGCGCCUCCUGUUUGGCCGAAGGCUUGCAGAAGUGCCGAUAUCUCCGACAGGUGUCACUGAACCUCGAAAACACCGAAAUUGGUGACCAUGGCGCCUCUCGUCUAGCCAAAGCCUUGGCAAAUCUCCGAGAGGUUUCACUGGACCUCAGCAGCACCCAAGUGGGUGACGAUGGUGCCUCCUGUUUGGUGGAAGGCUUGCAGCAGUGCCCCAAUCUCCGGGAGGUGUCACUGAACCUCGAGUACACCCAAAUUGGUGACGAUGGUGCCUCCUGUUUGGUGGAAGGCUUGCAGCAGUGCCCCAAUCUCCGGGAGGUGUCACUGAACCUCGAGUACACCCAAAUUGGUGAUGAUGGUGUCUCCCGUCUUGCCGAAGGUUUGCAGCAGUGCCCGAAUCUCCGGGAGGUGUCGCUGAACCUCAGGAGCACUGAAGUUGGUGACCAUGGCGCCUCUCGUCUAGCCAAAGCCUUGGCAAAUCUCCGAGAGGUUUCACUGGACCUCAGCUACACCCAAGUUGGUGAUGAUGGUGUCUCCCGUCUUGCCGAAGGUUUGCAGCAGUGCCCGAAUCUCCAAGCGCUGUCACUGUGCCUCGUGCUCCACCACAAAGUUGGUGACCGUGGCGCCUACUGUUUGGCCGAAGGCUUGCAGCAGUGCCCCAAUCUCCGGGAGGUGUCACUGAACCUCGACUACACCCAAAUUGGUGACCGUGGCGCCUCCUGUUUGGCCGAAGGCUUGCAGAAGUGCCGAUAUCUCCGAGAGGUGUCACUGAACCUCGAAGACACCGAAAUUGGUGACCAUGGCGCCUCUCGUCUAGCCAAAGCCUUGGCAAAUCUCCGAAAGGUUUCGCUGGACCUCCGCCACACCCAAGUUGGUGACGAUGGUGCCUCCCGUCUGGCCGAAGGCUUGCAGCAGUGCAAGAAUCUACGAGCGCUGUCACUGUGCCUCUCGAUCACCAAAGUUGGUGACGAUGGUGCCUCCCGUCUGGCCGAAGGCUUGCAGCAGUGCAAGAAUCUCCGAGCGUUGUCACUGUCCCUCCUAGCCACCAAUGUUGGUGGCCGUGGCGCCUCCUGUUUGGCCGAAGGCUUGCAGAAGUGCCGAUAUCUCCGAGAGGUGUCACUGAACCUCGAAAACACCGAAGUUGGCAGCGGUUCAGUGUGA